AAGAAGAAUAGUAAUGAUGUGUAACUUCGGCGCAUUCUGAAUAAUUCUAAGAGCAGGGAAAAAAUGUUCUCUUUUCUGUAAUCCCAUUACAAUAUCUAUUUUUCGCUGCAACUUUUGAUCUCCUCAAUGAAUCCUAAUUUUUUGGAGUUAAAGUUGUAAAACAAUGCUGAGUCUUAUCUGUUCAGCGGUAUCCGAGCAAAAAGUCGUAGACGUUUUCUAAAUGUAAUUCCUAUUGCCCAGGGAGUGGCAAUAGCUCCUUGUUGACACUCCUGGGAGUGGCAAUAGACUCACCCUUUAAUAAUUUGGUUCUUUAAUGUGAAAUGAAAUUGAUGUGCAGUUUGAUAUAAAGAGAUUUAGUCUUCUAACUUUAUAGCUGGAUUGAUUAUUUACUAUUUUCUACUAUUUUAUUCAUAAAAGCUAAGAAAGCAAGAUCUUGGGACGCUUCUUGGGCUUUCUUGUGAAUUUCUUCGGGCAAGAAAAUAUACUGUUGCAAGAAAAAAAUAUCACCCCGUCAGCUACGUUGCCGGGAGUGGCAAUAGCUCAUUGUUGACACGCCCAAGGAGUGACAAUAGCUUCUUGUUGAAACUCCUGGAAGUGGCAAUAGCUCUUUGUUGACACGCCCAGGGAGUGGCAAUAGCUCCUUGUUCACACGCCCAGGGAGUGGCAAUAGCUUCUUGUUGACACUCCUGAGAGUGGCAAUAGACUCACCCAUUAAAAAAUGUUAUUUAUUUAACUGUAACUGUGGACAUACGGACAGAUCGAAGAACCCAUGGAUUUAUUGGUAUAACAGGUAAGAAUUAGUUCAUAUCUAAGGGCAUCCAUAUUUUUUGAGAGUUGCUUAUUUGGACGAGAUAGAAGCUAGACUAUUCGAGAAACAUCCGGAACUAUAACAUCUUUGCGCUGUUAGUACUAGAAUCAUACGCUAAUCUUUUUUCUUUUAUUGAUGCGAAGCCCAAAUGGUGUCUGUACAGGAUUUUGAAAUUACUAAAAUGUAUAAUUUCUUUUAUCUUCGUAUUUUCAGGCCAUUUUAUUGCUAAAAAUUUCGUUCCACAAGCUUGUUUAUUAGAUUUCGUACGCUUGAAAGGAUCCCAUAAUGUUGAAAGCUUACGACAAACAACUAGUAGAAUUGUUGAACGAUUGGGACUAAAAGAUAAAAUAUUUCGUAUAAUAACAGAUAAUGCUGCAUCAAUGAUUAAAGCCUUCCAGUUUGGCUUAGACGUUGAAUUAGACGAAACUAAUAAUAAUGCUAAUAUAACAUCAUCGCAAGGUAGUUUAUGUGAUAAGGAUGAUAUCAUUGAUGACAAUGAAUGCGUUUUACAAUUAGUCAAUUGGUAUCCAGACGCUCACGCCGAAGCAAGGUCCGAAAGUCUGUUAUGUCUAAACACAAAACGAUUAUCGUGUUUUGCACAUUCGCUACAACUCACAGUUUGCGAUGGUUUGAAAAAAAUACCAUGUAUUAAAAAACAUUAG